CACGACAGCCCCAGACAAUUAAUUAAAUAUCAAGUCCCGCGCAGUCCGGUGAGCUGAGCAAGAAACCCACGGUCGUCAAAGUGCCGUUUGAAGAAGCGAAUUUUCUCGCCGUCUUUUGUUUGCACUCUACCAACAACGACAUCACAAUGGCCUUCGGGAUUCUCGCAUCCAGCCGCCUGGAGCAUGUUCCCGGGACGUCUCUUCUCGAGGACAACGCCGAUGGCGGUGCCACUGCCUCGGCGAAGCUCCAACGCGGAUUGGGCAGGCACCAGCACACGGUCCUGGUCCCGCAGCCCUCCAACGACCACAACGAUCCUCUUCGCUGGCCUCUCUGGCAGCGCGACCUCAUGCUGCUGAUGUACCUUUACGUGACUCUGUUGAGCGUAGGAGGCAUCGGCCCGUUGCUCUCGGCAUCGGCCCAAAUCUUGGUCGAGACCUUCGACAUCACCUUCACUGAUGUCACGUUGUUGACCGGAUAUCAGCUCUGCGGAGUUGGCACUAUCGGCAUCUUCAUAUCGGCGCUGUGUGCGAAAUACGGGAAAAGGCCCGGAUUCCUAUUCUCCAUCACAAUGGCCUUUGUCGGCACGGUGUGGGGUGGUGCAGCACAGAGCUACGGGUCGUUGAUGGGAGCGAGAGUUGUCCAAGGUCUUGGUACAGCCAUGUGGGAGUCUGUCAUGUUCUCGAUCAUCGGCGACCUGUACUUUGUUCACGAGCGCGGCACUCGGGUUGCGGCCCUUAGUGUCGCGAUUUCCGGUAUUGCCAACAUGCCUGCUCUCCUCUCCGGGGUCAUCACCCAACGACUCGGAUGGCGAUGGAUGUUUUGGAUGCUGGCAAUCUUCCUCGGCAUUGGCCUUGUCCUGCUCACCUUUUUCGGAUGGGAGACGGCUUACAACAGAGAACCCAUCUACAACACGGACACGAGCUCUAGCAAUAACAUCGAUUUGCUCAACGCCAUGAAGGAGAAGAGUGCGCAUGUCGAAGACACUGAAGCGAGCAUGGGGCAAACCGAGGCGGAGAUUGACGAGGCCAUGACGCCGCGGAUUCCGUUUGUCCAGCGUCUCCGACCAUUCAGCGGGGUUUACUCGGAAGACAGCAUCGUCUGGAUGCUUCUCCGACCCUUCAUUGUCCUCGCCAACCCUGCUGUGAUCUGGGCGACCCUGCUCCUCUCCAUCACCACCGCCUGGUUUGUGGUCAUCAGCUUCGUCAUCGCACAGAUAUUCUCUGCGCCGCCAUAUCUGCUGGACACUGCCCAGAUAGGCUACAUGUCUGCUGGACCAUGUAUCGGUGGCCUCCUGGGCUCAAUCGCCUGCGGCUUCAUAUCCGACCCCAUCGCAAUCUACCUCUCCAAGAAGAACAAGGGAAUUUACGAACCAGAGUUCCGUCUCGUUCUUUUGCUUCCUUUUCUGGUCACCGCCUCCAUUGGAUUCUUCUGUUUCGGCAACUUUGCCGAACGGGGAUACUCGCCGGCCGUGAUCUGUGUCAUCUGGGGCAUCGCCGUAUCGGCACAGCAGUUCAUGUCGGUUGCUGUUGCCACGUACGUCAUCGACGCGUACAGGGACAUUUCGGUCGAGGUCUUCAUUAUCGGCAUGGUUGUGAAGAACUUCCUCUUCUUUGGCCUCUCCUUCGGCGUGAAUGACUGGGUAACUAGCUGGGGUCCUGGACGCGUGUUCGAUGUUGUCGGCGGGAUCGAAGUAGCACUGUUCUGCCUCUCCAUUCCUGUCUGGGUGUGGGGUAAGCAGUGGCGUGCUUUCUUCCACGCGAAGCGCAUCUCCUAAUUAAUUAGUAAUUACUUGAUAAACAUUCUGCUUCUGAUCAAAAAUGAC